UUUCAUCCGCUGCUUCUAACCAUCAUCCACCCCCUCCUCCUACUCCUCCUCUCCUCUCCCCACUUCUAUCUCAGCUCUGCGAAGAAGAAAACGAGGAAACCAAGGAUUGAUGUGUUGCUCGACUUGAAAUUUGAAUUAUUAUUUUUUUUGCGCACAUACAGUAAUCCCCCACGCCUGACAGCCUUUUGAUGAUUUCUGAUGAUUUUUUAUGUGAUGACUGUAAACGGCUGUGUGUGUGUGCGCGCUUGGUGUACACCGCUUGGCCGUGAUAUAACCGCCUAGGAUCGUUCGGAUGCUGGAGGAAGAGGCUGUGUCGCUGCGGGAAGCUUCUUCCAUCCCUCCGUGUCCUCCUCAUUCCUGCGACUGGCUGCAUGAGCGGUGAUGCUCGGCCUCUCCGCCUGGAUGCACCCCUCUCUCCGCGGUGUGCCGUUGGUACCGCUGCCUGUGUCCCCUUAUAGCAAAUUCCCACUGUCGCUGGAGAAAGGUCUAGGGACCACAUAUGGAAACUGGGGAUCAGAAUUUUAGGAAAAAGGAAAACUAAGCAGGCUGCCGUUUGAUUUUAUUAACUUAAUAUUUUUUCUUCCUCUUUUUGGCUUGCUUUUUUUUAAUAUUUAGAGAGAGGGGUUAAUCGUCCCUGGUUGGUUUAUUUUCCUUUACAGCUUGAGGAAUGGCUGAUUUUCAUGGCAGUCAUGGUACCGGCUGAUUAUUUACCAUUAUUUCUUAUUCUGUCCUUGAUUUUGGGGGAGUGCUUGAUUCUGCUGGUUUGAAUUUGUUCUUUCAUUUCUUUCAGCACAUCCAGUCCUUAUUUUGUUUAACACCUUGUGGGCCCUGUCUGUCUGUCUUGCCUGUCACCCAUCACCUUCUUCCCACGGAAUACAUGUGAUAGCCUGAUUCUUUAGAAAUGCCGGAGAUGAGCUUCCAAAAUUCACCGAUCCCCUGGGUAACGUCAAGGUAGUCAGAUCUUAUCCCAAAUUGUGUCAUCAUCUGUUGGAGGAAUCUGCUUUUGCCUGUUUUUGGUGCCAUUUUAAAGAUAUCAGGCCACCAAGUGUGUUAGUCUUAACCACCCUUCACCCCCACACCCACAUGUUUCUUCAUCCCUUUUCAGAAUGAAUUAAUUCACUCUGCAUGCAUGCGCGUGGUCGUCUGUGUACAGGUGUGUGUGAGUGAAAGUUUAGCUCUGUGAGCGUGUGUGUGUGUGUGUGUGUGUGUGUGUGUGUGUGAGCCAGAGAAUAACAGGGUAGGCUAAACGUGACAGCCUAUGUGGGAAAAAUCAAGCGCUACGUGCAAACCAUUCCAUACAUCACCGUUGAAGCUUUGAGGAUUGUAAUACAUGUUACUGCUUCAGUCAGCUCAGACAGCUGGAGACGACAACAGAGAAACAGAGCAAAACCCUCCAUCUUCUCAUUACAUUGGCCUUUUUUUAGAGGCCUUCUAACUCAACAAAGUAGGACCUAGAUCGCAGACCAGGUCUCUUGUGGGAUCUGAUAGAAGCCUGUGUUUUUAGGUUUUCAGAGCAGGGCAACUUACUGCCUUCUAAGGAGCAGAACUUAGACACCUUUGUAGCUGAAGGUUCUACCGUCCUAACCAAAGUCUGUUGUUGCCCGUCUGUUGGGCCAAACAGACAACCUUCAGCCUCAUCUUAAUUUUUUUUCACCUAUUUGCUGUCCCACCCCAAAACCAACCAUACGAUUUCCCCCGAGCUCCCCUAAUUCCCCCGCCCCCCCAGCCGCCCCCCGCUACCGCCAUCCCCCCGACACAACCCACCCCCCGUUUUCCGAGCUGGCGUGGCGACGCAAACUCACAAAUAUUUACUUCCUAUACAUCAAGAGGAAAGGGGGCCCCCCUUUCGUGGAAUGCGGCAACAUGGGUGUGUUUGACCGCGGAGUUCAGAUGCUUCUGACCACGGUGGGGGCCUUUGCCGCCUUCAGCCUUAUGACCAUCGCCGUGGGGACAGACUACUGGCUGUACUCGCGUGGUGUCUGCAAGAUCAAGAGCACCAACGAGAAUGAGACCAGCAAGAAAAACGAGGAGGUGAUGACGCACUCGGGCCUCUGGAGGACCUGCUGCCUGGAAGGUUCUUUUAAAGGCAUGUGUAAACAGAUAGAUCACUUCCCGGAGGAUGCUGAUUAUGAGGCAGAUGCUUCCGAGUACUUCCUACGCGCUGUACGAGCCUCCAGUAUCUUCCCCAUCCUGAGUGUGAUCCUGCUCUUCAUGGGGGGGCUGUGCAUCGCCGCCAGCGAGUUCUACAAGUCACGCCACAACAUCAUCCUCAGCGCCGGCAUCCUCUUCGUCUCCGCAGGCCUGAGCAACAUCAUAGGAAUCAUUGUGUACAUAUCAGCCAACGCUGGGGACCCUUCCAAGAGUGACUCCAAGAAGAACAGCUACUCCUACGGCUGGUCCUUCUACUUCGGCGCCCUCUCCUUCAUCAUGGCCGAAAUGGUGGGUGUGCUGGCCGUGCACAUGUUCAUCGACCGCCAUCGGGAGUUGCGCGUGGGGGCGCGAGCCGCCGACUACCUCCAAGGUGCUGCCAUCACGCGCAUCCCCAGCUACCGCUACCGCUAUCGACGCCGCUCACGCUCUUCGUCCCGGUCCACGGAUCCCUCGCAGUCUCGCGAGGCCUCGCCCGUGGGCCUAAAGGCCUUCGGGACGCUGCCCUCCACCGAGCUGUCCAUGUACACGCUGCCCAAGGGCCAAACGGGCACCCCGACAGCCACCUAUAACUCCACGGAGAGGGACCACAACUUCCUCCAGGUCCACAACUGUAUCCAGAAGGACCUGAAAGACUCAGGCGGCACUGCCAAUCGACGCACCACACCUGUAUGAAACUAAUGCGAGGGACCUCAGACAAUAACAUAAAAAAAUCAGAGGGAAUUCGGGGGGAGGCGCCAAAAGACGGAUAAUGGUGUAGAAAAAGGGGAGAAGGGGGCUUUAAAGGUUACAUGGAGUGAGGGGUAAUAGUUCUGAGCGCUCCACAGCACCUCAGAUGAUCACCGAGUUUCUGUUUUAAAAUAAGGAAACAGAAAAAAAAUGCGUAAAAAAAAGAAACAUGCAUGAUUUUCCCAUCUACCAUUGUUUAACAAUGUUUUGAACAUGUUUGUAAAGGUAUGAGGGGGAGAACGGGGACAGAGGAGUAUUGGGGGGGGGGGGGGUUGUCUGUCUCGGGGCUGUGGAACCAUUAAGUGGUGGGGUGGGCCAGACUGCCCGUUUAAAGGUCAACUUUACAUUUUUUACUCUUCCUCAGUCUGACAAAAAGGGGGCAAUAGUUGACCCCCUCGGCCCCGCCUAUGAUCCCGCCCUCGCACCACCAUCCCCCCCCCCCCGACACACCACACCUUAACCUCCCUUAAACCCCACUCCUUUCUUUAGUUGCUGUUUCUUCUUGAUUUCAUUCUUUAUUUGCAUUAAUACUGUGAACCGUUGCGGUGUGGGAUUUUAGCAGGGAGCAAAUUCAGGCCGCAAAAAAAAGAAGAACAAAAAAGAACAAAAUACACAUAAGUUAAUAUAUGUAUUGAUUAUAUAUAUAAAUAAAUGAAUAUAUAUGUUAAUAAAUCACUACUACACUUCCCUGGCGCAAAAAUAUCAACAAGAAAAAAAAAGGAAAACAAAGUAACCUAACAAGUGAAAUUAAAUCAAGUCGUCAUGGAAACUAAAGCAGGACCGAGGAUUCUUUGUGACUGGCUCAUUUGACGGGCAAAGGCUUCCGCCUACUUGAUAAACUCCUAUUGGUUAGUAUUAGACACACUAUCACAUUCUUUUACAACAAUAAAAAACAAAUCCUUUGGCCUUCCGCCGAGACCAUGGCAGCCAUCCUUGUUCAGGGUCAACUAGAAUUGAAAAGGUUGACCUCCUUUUUUUUGCUCCAUAAAGGGGCGGAGUGAAGAGAGAACUCUGGGUAAUGGAGGAUCUCUCAGCAAACUUGAAGAAGACUGUGGACAAUGAGACGUCACUACUGCCAAAGACACAAAGUAGUGCGUGAGACAACAUGGCUACCAGCCAGGUGAAGCUCAGUGACUCCAAAAAGUUAAGAAUUUACAUGCAUGCUAAUCAAAAUCAUCCGAUCUGCUUUUAAGGAACCUACGUUUUGAACAAUUUUGAAAACAAUGAUACCAUGUAAGGGCAGUGGGGGUGACAAACUAGAAAUUAAUGUUACAGUACUGUGUCUAUUUACAUUUUUCUUUUCUUAUUUAUUUUUGAGUGUGUAAUUUGGGGUGGGGCUUCAUUACGCUUAAAACAAAAAGAACUAACUUUGGAGAACUUAUCAAGGCUUUUUUUCUAACAGAAGAAAAUCUUAUUUUGACUUUUCAUUUCAUUUUUAUUUUCUCGGUUCAUUCGAACUCUCACACAGCCUUAGCCUCUUUCUUUGUCUCAUUUUUCUCGUUCUUUGGUUUUUGCGUUGUGUGGUUGUAAAUGAGAAUUUAAACAAACAAAAAAAGCGUAAUGUCUUUCAAGGUGCCAAAACUGAAUGAUUCAUCAAGUCCUGAUGACGAAUAAAAAUUGAACCCCCCCCAUAGGGAACAGAA